AUGGAGCCCCAAGUCAUCAGCGAAAACACACCCCUGAUUCCUACCACGCCUCCUACUUCCGAUCCCCGGCCCCGAAACGCUCGAACCGUCACCUUUUGCCCCGACCCCGUUACCAAGACCUUCGAACCCGAGUCCUAUUCCUCUCGGAGCAGCGCUGCAUCCGCCAGCAGCAACCUUCCUCCCGGGCCACCUCGUGUCAGCCCGCCCGUCCUCACCGCAUUGAACAACAAGCUCAAAAGGCGCAAUAGUCACGGCAGCGUCACCAUACCCACCACCACCACCACUGCUCAACCAUACCUCGGCUCCAAGAUUGGGCCGCAGCGAAGUACCAAGAAGACGGAGAAGCUGAAGCUCUUACCAAACCCCGACAUUGAAGAUGGUGAAGAUGAAGAGAGCGGCCGAGAUGUUUACUCUCAGUACACGAGAAUUAAGGAUCCCACUGCGAGGAGAGACGCUGCGAGACUCGGCAAAAGCGACCGCGAUCGAUUACCCCGGGUCACGGCCUAUUGUACCGCCGACAAGUACCAGAUGGACUCAUUAAUGCGCUUCCUCAAGGGUCGGGGCAAAGCGCGUGGUGCCAACCCCAAAAUCAUCGACGAAUGCAUCUAUACUCCCUACUCCUACACCAAACCCACCAGAAUUCACCAGGACCCAGUCCGGAGCUACCUGCGGCGCCACUCAACCGGCAGCGAGAUCAUGGAAGACGAGGUCCAGCGCCAUCAAACUCUUGGUUUGCAAAACCAUGACUCCGGCUACGCUGACGAGUCCUCUGCCAACAAUAUUCCCGAUCCCAGUCAUUUAGGCAAUGAAAGCCUGCUGGGACCAGCCGUCACAGAAGAAGCGCCCGCGGCAGACGACAUCUUGGAUUUUGAUACCCAAGUUCACACCCCUGAAGUAUUUCUGUUUGACUACGGGGUCGUGGUCAUAUGGGGCAUGACGGCAUCACAAGAGGCCAAGUUCCUCAAAGAGCUGGCCAAAUUCGAGCUAGAAAAGCUGGCGCCAGACGACAUAGAGACUGAGCUCUUCAACUUUUACUAUACCCGCGAGUACCAGGCUCGCAUAUACAACGAUUUCAUCACAUUAAGAGACAGGAACAACUACAUGAUCAAGCUGGCUAUAUCUCACGCACUCGCACAAAGCGUCAAGACGUCCCUGUACGAAGAACUAAUAGCUACCACCGUCGACACCUGCAAAGACAUACCCGCCCACAUCGCCCUCACCGGCAAAAUUAAUCUCUCCCGGAAACAAAUCAACAUGCAAAUAGGCGACCUCUUCAUCCUCCGCAUCGCAAUCCACCUCAAUGGCUCCGUCCUUGACACCCCCGAACUCUUCUGGGUAGAGCCUCAGCUCGAACCUGUGUACCAAGCAGUGAGGAGCUAUCUGGAAAUGGAUCAGCGCGUGGGCCUGUUGAAUGAGAGACUCGACGUUAUUGCCGACCUGUUGGCCGUGCUCAAGGACCAGUUGAGUCAUGGUCACGGCGAGAAGCUCGAGUGGAUUGUUAUUAUACUGAUUGCCAUGGAAAUCUUUGUCGCAUGUAUCAAUAUUGCUGUCGAUGUGUGGGCAGGCGACAUGUAA